GACUGAACCUUGAGCUGCUGGCAUCUUAAAGAACGAGCCGAAUUCUUUUUGUGAAUCACCAUCUGCUCACUGCUUCCGCCUUACCUUACACCUACGCGACUGCAAAGCUGCUUUUUUUCUUCCUGAGACCAGGCUCGAUCGUCGCAACCCGACCCCGCACAAGAUGUACGAGUUGUUUCUCACAGCGCUCAUCGAAGAGGGCGAUCUUGGAGCUGCCCUCUCUGUCCUCAGCGGCAUCUGCGGCAUGCAGUCAUGGCAUUCCAUCCAGCGCAUACUCUACUUCCAAUGUGCCUCAGCAACUGGCCGACCAGCCGGGUUUCAAAACUACAAGAGCCUCGACAAACCUCUCCGACGUGACACUGAAUGGUUCCUCAAGGAGCUCAACGCCGCGCUGAGCCGGCAAUCCUUCAUCAUGCAAGCCCGGUACGACGUUGUCAAGGAUCGCGACAUGGGUGCCGACGCAAAGGAGAUGGACUUUGACGCCAUGUCGGGCAUCCUGAGGUGGACGGAGUUCCCGUCGGUGCCGCAGGGUAGGCCGCACAUCACGCACAGGAAGAAGAUCGAGCUGUGGGAGCAGAAGAAGAUUUGGUCGCUCAUGGCAGACAACAACUGCAUGUUCAAGACAGAAGUGAUUGACGAGUGCUAUCGCUUCUACCGCGACGAUGUUGAAUUCUGUCUGACACGGCAAUUCUUCCUCCGACCGAUCGAGGACUACACCCCCGUGGAACAGCGCCAGGGGCCCACCGCGCCGCCAGUCAGCCAGCUCCCCGCCUUCGAGGACCUCACACCCGUGGACGCCCAGAACCGCUGGGUGCUGCAGGUCAAGGCACACGUCAUGAAGGAGAAUGAUCUCGAGGCGUCGAGGAAGGCGCAAGGGCAGCUGGAGGGGAUCCGGGCUGAGCUGGAGGGCGUCUUUGACUUCAAAUCCAUUGAUCGCAAAGUGCACGAUACCAGAGUCGCCCAGCCGCAACAGAACAUCCAAGUGCUGCCGCAAAGGGUCACGCUAGGAAAGGUCUAGCCAUAACAGUUCAGAGGAUGGACUUUGGUCUCGUUUGGCUGACAAAGAUAACUAUUAACAGGGUUGGGUCAACUUGGAAUCAGCCUAGGCCAGACCCAGGGCCUCCAACACAUCAGUCACGCCGAGCGCAUCUUCAAUGGAUGUGAUGGCUCCCCCUGUGGUCUCGUCCAAGAACUCAUUCACGGCAGUGACGCCCAUGCCGUCCUCCAGCAUGGCGAUAGCCUC